AUGCCUUGCUGUAUAAUUUCUUUAGACCAAUGGGAGCAACUUAUUGGCAUGCACAUUGUGCAACAGGGCUUGAAGGCCUAUAUUGAUUAUUUAUCAUAUAGACAUUUUGUCUACAUAUUGCCCUACCGGAAUGGUUUUAUUGCCUUGGGAACAGUGCCCUUGUGGAAGGGAUGGGCCAUAAAUACUACGUAUUUGUCCAUAAAUGUUCUGCCCUUUGCGUCGAUUUACUUGUGUACUGCAAGUGCUAUGACCGAUCCUAACAUACAUUUUGCUAUAUCUAAUGCAUAUAUUUAUUUUACCAUUAACUGCACUUUUCCAGAGGUGUUGAUGGAAUGUAUAUAUAAGAAAAUAUUACUGCCACAAUUUUAUUUGUUUAAGGAGAUGAGUGGACGUGGCAAAGGACGGAAGCCUAGACGUGGCAGAUCAGCAGCCAGACGUCUUUCCAGUGCGGGGACGCAGAGUGGCGAUGAGCCUGCCCCUAAACGCCCCAGACAGGGGAGCAGCUCUAGUACAGCCUCGGGGAAUAAUGCGAUGGGCAAUGGUACAGAAACUCUAGCGUCUGACAAAAAUGCCAAGGACACCCAUCCAGAAUAUGUCACAAAAUCAGAACUCAAGAGCAUCAUUCAAGAGGCAAUUGCAGAGUUCGCAGAAACAAGGGAAAGUGUAUCUGAAGUACUCGACAAAAAUGAAAAAACUGUUGCUGAGGAACCUGUUGGUAAGAUAACUCAGGGGCAAGGGGAGCAAAAGCAAUCAUAUGUAGAAAUAGAGUUACCUUUGGAUGCAAGGGUGAGUCUCAAAUUGAGACAAAAAAUACUAAAUGAGGAAUUCGUAGAAUUUUCUUCCCUUUUAAAAAAUGAGAUGCAUGAGAAACAUCAGCUCUCUAUAAAACACAAUGAUGAGGGGGAUCCUCAGCUUUAUUUUGCUCCUCCUGCCUCAAAGAAAGUGUUGUCAUUUGGGGAAUGGCAACAGGCAAUCAGAAUAUAUUCAAC